AUGCUAGCUUCGAGCGAUCUUGGUAGCAGCAGUCAACUGCGAGUGGGAAGAGAAGGCAAAGUACAAGGAGGCUCUUCAAGGUACAAGAGAAGUGGCAUUGCACGAAAUAAACAGGAUAAAAGUAAGCAAACAAGGGGAGAAAAAGUAGAGGACUCUUUUGAGGGAGAUUUGUGUAUCAUAUGUGCUGAAAAGAUCCAAUAUGCUGCUUUACGUCCGUGCAACCACACCACGUGUCAUGUAUGUGCAUUUCGACAACGAGCCUUGUAUGAAAAGAAGAAUUGUUUAGUGUGUCGUAGUGAAAAUGAUCGCAUUGUGAUUUCAGAGCAAGUUGGCAAAAACUAUAGCGAUUUUGGCUUGCUGGAUUUUGUUAGUAGCCAAGAAGACAAGUAUAAAAUUGAUUUCACACAAAACUAUGUAAGAGAUGAAACGUUGCGGUUAUUGGAGAAUGAGUGUGGGAUUUGCCAUGAGAUAGUUGCAACAUUCAAGGAAUUGGGUGAUCAUGCCAAGGAAGUACACGGGAAAUAUUACUGUCUCAUAUGCUCUAAAUACAAAAUGGCGUUCAAGAUUGAGUUGCCAUUGUACCAUUACAAAAGUUUGCAAAAACACCAAAGUCAAGGUGACGAGUCGGGAUUCAUGGGCCAUCCUGAGUGUAAACACUGUCGUGGCAAACGGUUUUAUUCCGAAGACGAGUUGAAUGUGCACGUUCGAGACCGACAUGAAAGGUGCCACAUUUGUGAUCAGACAACGCCAAAGACUGCGGAUUAUUAUAAAAAUUAUGAAUCUUUGUACCAGCAUUUCUCGCAAGCGCAUUAUGUUUGUACUGUUGCUUCAUGUGUUGAGAAGCGAUUUGUUGUUUUUGGAAACGACUUGGAUUUAACUGCUCAUAUGUUAAAGGAACAUGGCGGAUUGAGCAAUGGCAAUAGAAUUGUAAUUGGGUCUAACUCCUUGCAUUAUAGCAAUUCCCCGCGUCAUUUCAGUCAAUUAUCAACAUUCAACAACUCAAGGUGGUUAAGUGCAAACAGUGAUCAAGAUGAAGACCAACAGUCUCCGGAAAUUAAAAAGAAAAGAUUCGAGGAAAGAGCCAAACACUACUUAAACUACAAUCAAGAAAAGUAUAACGAGUUUGAACAAUUGAAUAGAGCAUUCAAGAGCAAAAAAAUAAAUGCAAAGGAGCUUUUACAGAUAUACAAGCAAAACUUGUUUAUUCAUCAAACAAUAGAAGAGUUGAAUCUUUUAGUGAAGGAGUUUUUGGAGUUUUUCCCUCAAGGAGGUGAUUUGCAAAAAGAUCUACUUUCGAUUUUAGUUGAAAAGAAUGAAGAAGCACCAACUGAACAGUUCCCUGUACUAGGUGGGAGACCAGUUGCAAAUUCAUUCAGUACAAAUGGAUGGAUUGGUGGUGGUGGUGGUGGUGGUGGCCGCAGCGGAACAGCAUCACCAGUUGAUAAUUUCCCACCAUUGAAGAAACCAACUAAGGUAAACUAUCUUAACCCUAAUGAGCAGCCAAUUCGGUACAGCACAGUUGUUAAGAAAUCCCAACAACCCAAGAAAAAGGCAUCAUCAUCAGCAGCAGCAACAGUUUACCUGAGCCCGUAUAUACCAAAUUAUCUCGACAAUACCAAGUCAGAAACAUCUUCAACACCAAGCUUGGGGAAAAACGGAUCAUUGACUGCAUCAAAGACAAACCCGUGUGUCAAUGAUGCCAAAUUUCCUGUAUUGCAGAAGAAGACUAAUAAGAAGGUAAUACCUCGCGUAAAUGAAGUCAAGACUAUUGAUCCCAAUUCAUGGAGACAGCUGCUGCAACUGCAACUGCAGAGUAACUCUUUUAGUGCUGCCUCCUCUGAAGCAAAUGAAAGUGGGAUUGAGAUUCUUGAUAAGAGGAAACUAAAGAUGAAGAAGAAACAAGAUAGAUUAUUAUUUAGUAACGCUUUUUGA